AACAUCCGGGUCUCCGGUUCACCAGCAAAGACCUGCUGAUAGCUUCUAGCCGUGGUAGUGAGGGGACAUAAGGCCCAGUCAAAAUGCAAAAGUCUCUCGUGAACUUCGUUUUCUUUUCAUCCCUGCAGGUUUUGUUGUCUUUGACGUGCUUUCAAGAUGUCGUCGAAGCAGCCAGCGGGAAAGGGUUUGGAGAUAACAUCCACUGGAGGACGCUGGAUGAUGGCAAGAAGGAAGCUGAGGCCAGCGGGCUGCCAAUCAUGCUCAUCAUCCACAAGACCUGGUGUGGAGCCUGCAAAGCACUGAAGCCCAAAUUCGCUGAGUCCAAGGAAAUCUCUGAACUUGCACACAACUUUGUUAUGAUCAACCUGGAGGAUGAGGAGGAGCCAAAGGACGAUGCCUUCAGCCCCGAUGGUGGAUACAUUCCUCGGAUUCUUUUCCUUGAUCCCAGCGGUAAAGUCCAUCCUGAAAUCACCAACAAAAAUGGGAAUCCAAACUACAAGUACUUCUACAGCAACGCAGAACACGUUGUGUCCGGUAUGAAGGAGGCGCAGGAGAAGCUGACGGGCGACGACUUCAAGCAGGGUCACACUUUAGACGAGCUGUGAGGAGGCGGAGACGGGCAUCAGGCUGUAAGGGCUACACUUCCUCUACCUGAGCCUGUGCUUCAGAGCGCCCGUUAACACUCCC